AUGCAGUUGGAUCAUCCGUUGAUAGUUUCACCAGUGCUGUUCAUCUUGCGCUGUUUAGCAAUCGCAUUAGGAUUGCCGAUUCAUUUGCUAGUGGCCGUUGUCAUUUUACGAACUCGACAACUUUACAAUCCACGAAACGCUUUUUGGUUGGGCAGCAUCGCGUGCCACUGCGCCAGUUUAAUGAUGGGCGCUUACGAAUAUUGGGCAGUGGUUGUAUUAACACGGCCCACUGGAUGGGUAUGCCGUGUCUACAGCCUACUGGUGGGCUAUCCAUACACCAUUUUGUUGGUGAGUCUUUUAUUGGCUACGGCUGACCGUUGGUUUGCCAUUAGUGACCCCAUCAAACACCGGCAAUACGUCACUGUGUCUGCAGUGGCCGUUUGUCUCGCUACGGCUUGGGUGAUCGUCUUCCUCUUCAUCACCAGUCCCUAUUGGUUAGGAAAAAUCAAACUGUUGGCCUGUUCGGUCAAUGCGGAUAUCAUCAAAUGGGUGACACUUACCCAUUUCGUCAUGAUCAUUUUAAUUAUUAUCGCUCAAAUUGCCGUUUUUGUCCGUACCCGUCACUGCUUACGAUUCAAAGCGCAUCGUCCAUCGUUAAAUCCAUCAUCGGCUGAUUAUUUGUACUCGUCCAAUAAUUCUUCAUCUUCGUCGACGACACUCAAACGGGAAGAAUAUUUCGUACAUUUGCCAAAUAAAACGAUAUGCCGUCUGGAAUUGGAAGCUUCGGUGACUCUGUUUUGCGGUGUGGCUUCCCUCUGUGUCUGCGCUCUUCCGUUAGCCCUAGUCUUUGUCACUUUGAUUGUCUGUAAACUUGGAAUCGAUCGACUGCAAUGCAACGAAGAAACAAUUGUGGCUUUAAUACCGUACGCCAGAGAACUGCUUUUAUUGCAUUCGGUGGGCAGUCCUCUGCUCUACAUCCUCAGAAGUCGUGAAUUUUCAAAGGCUUUUCGACGUACUCUUCCGCGAUGUUUUAUCUUAAUUCAACACCAAAGACAGCGUGAACGAUGUGCAAGUCCUGUGGAUCUACGACAUUUUUGAACUUGAUGUGUUUCGUUGCUUGCCCUCACGUACGCACAUCCUUUGCAUGUAGACAAAGUUUCCUAUUAUUGUCUGCAAGUCACGUCCCUUUUUUUGGGGAUUUAUCCUAGAAAACAAAAAGUUUAGUAAGUUGAUUUUAAAGACGGCAGCCAUGAAAAAGAAACAAUGGCGCUUACUGUCAAGGCUAUCAAUACUUGAUGAUGAAGCGUUUCAGCGCGCUUGUCGCAUUGAGUGAACGUCUCGAUGAACUUGUUGGAUGAAGAUCUGAUAUAAACUUGGUAAAAGGCUCGGCAGAGUAUGGCCUAUUGCGAAACCCUUUUCCUUCUUGUCGUGCUUAGUUUUGUUUUUGACGACAACUUGUAUGCAUAUCGGACGAAAAGGAUGGGUGUGAUGUGGGCGUUGUCACGAAACUCUUACUACGCCCAACAAACUUUCGGCUGCCUUGUAGAGAUUAGCCAACGCGACCAAGAUUUUCGUCUGUAUCAGCUGCUUCACUGUUGUCCCUUGUCAUGUCUUGCUAAACAAACAAUGUUUAUUACAUGUCUCUUUGCUUUAGAUGUUUAAACUUGACAAGUAGCCAAAGUAAGUAGCCUAAACCAAACAUGUCCAACAUAAUCAAUAUGAAACAUAGGAGCCGGAGAAGAAAAGCUUGUGGAUUUGUUCCUAUCCAAGUUACGUUCUUUAACCCCAUGUUAUAAUUUAUCCUCGUAUUCUCGGAAAAACAGUUCAACUUCUCCGAUCUCCGCUCGUCUUUUUGUUCGUUGGUGCUUUCGGCUAAAGCAGACGGCGAGCGCCCUUACAUGGCCAAUAUAAAAUCCCACCCAUCCCUCCACCAAAUCUACCUUUGUGUCUCUGUUUGUACAACCAUUCAGACUUAAUGCUGGCAUCGUCACAUCAAAAUACAAAUUCCUUCUUCUCCUAUGCAUGCAUGUGAGAUUGGUCUAUAAUUUGCCUGUGUCAAUGGAUGUACUAUCCUACACAAAAGACUCAACAGCCUGUUACUCUAUUACGAGUCCAUAAUAUUGCAACAUGAGCAUUAGUUUACGUGGAAACGGUGGGAUACAACCCUUCUAGGAUUACUCAGAAAGAAAAGAGAGACGUUUCCUUGUAUCGGUGGGCGAAAACGUGUGAGCAACAGCUUAGUCAACCGUGGGCGUCUGAACACAGCUGACAAUGAUUUUCCACCUAACGCACACAACUGUGCUUCUCUUAGUUGUGCGCUGAGUGUGCUAGGACCAGAUUUUCUCCCAGGUGCACGAUCCAUUCCUUUUUAUUGCAUACCACUUGCAAUCUAGGAAAUUCGUGGUAUCAAGCUGAAAUGAAAUUGUAAACGCACUCGACUGUACAAGGAGACGAUACCAUACCCAUUUGAUUUUCUCUACUUUGCCACGUGUUGCCAAGUGGGGAAAAUUAAGGCAUCGGCGAAGGAACACGCGAUCUAUUCGUCAACUCCCCACUUUGCAGCCAACGAUUCCGAAGAAGCUCAAUAUUCUGUUGCAAUUGCAAGUAAUCGUUCUCUAUUCAGAGUAUUGGUCGUGAGCCUACGUGUAACUACUCAUGGAACGCAUGGCUGGAAUAUAUUUGGUAGGAAUGACGUCGGUCUGUCAUUCUACGUUUAGUUACUCGCCUGUACUAGAAUGACGUGAAACGUAAACCGUCUACCAAACACGCGGUUAUUGUUUUUUAAUGAACUUAAUGACGAUAAUCCUCAGCUGCUUCCAGUGGUAUAUGUUGCGCCACACUAGUGACCUUUGUUUCGAGUUGUGGCUCCAAUGGUAUAUUUCCUUAAGCUCACUGAUUACCCAGAUAUUCCAAACAUGCCUUUACUUUGUCAAACGACCUCCAGACCAGACGGAUAUACAAAGCGCAAUUAAUACAGGUUAAAUAAUACAAGUUGGCUCUGUUGAAAAUA